GGAAUGGGGUGGUGGGUUUUUAAAGAGGGUUAAUAGUUGUCAUGGUAAUUGUCCCUGUUCCCGUCUUACCGGAAGUAAAUGCAGGUUGUGACGGGCCUCCCACUCCAGUACAGUAGGCGGCGGUGUAAUACACACAAAUCCGCCAAAACAAACCAUAGAGAAGAAGAAGAAGCGACUCAUCAGUAGCAGCUUGCUAAACCAAACAAAAAAAGAGUUAAAAGUGUCCAGACACGUCCUGUGGAUGUUAGGCAAGGUUUUAAAUACACUUAUGAUUACACCUUAGUACCGUUAAUCGGGUUUUUUAAUUUCACAUCCCAGUUAGGGACGCGGUUGUUUGUCUGCUGUUAAUGUUAUAGAUAGAUGGCUACGGCCGUUUCGACGGCACCAGUAGCUGAAGCUAAUUAACUUUUCACCAACACGUUUUCCAGAAAUAAACAAACGGCUUGUAACAAUUUAUAUAUUAAGUUAAAGGAUUCAUUUUUUUUACUUCGGCGAGUGAAGAACCGUCGGUGUCCCCAUCUUUCGUCAAACCAGCUGGCUACUACAGGUAUCAUCUUGUUGGUAUAUUGACCUUAGCUAGUUGACUAACAUUCCCGACAAUGAGCUCACUAAGUUACUCCCACCUUGUUAUUAAAGAAGAGGAGGUCUGCUGGACGGAGAAAGAGGGUAUGUUGGUGAACAGUGUCGAGGAAGAGGACGUUAUUACAGUGAAGGAGGAGGAUGAAGAAGAGGCUGCCGUUUUUGGAGUGGGGAAGGAGGAGGAGGAGGCUGCCACAGUGAAAGAAGAAGAGGAGGAUGUUACAGUGAAAGAGGAGGAAGAACCUUUGGGAGAGGAAGAGCAGGAUAUCUCAAAAGAGGAAGAUGAAGUCGUUUUGGGAGUGAAAGAGGAGGUGACUGCUGAUCUGAUUAACACCAGAGAGAGACCAGAUUCUCACUCUGACAGCGGGAAGAGUCCUUCAGAGGAUCCAGAUCCAGAGACAUCCAAACCAGCAAGACAACACCACUACUGCCAUUGUGGAAAGAGUUUUUGGUGGUUAGGGCACUUUAGAGACCAUAAGAGAAUGCACAUAGGGGAGAAGCCUUACCAAUGCUCCCAGUGUGAAAAAAGUUUUAGCCACUUAUGGAGCCUGAAAUUACAUAAUAGAAUACACACAGGAGAGAAGCCUUUCCACUGCUCCCUGUGUGGAAACAGUUUUACCCACUUAAGGGCCCUGAAAAGACAUGAAAGGACACACACAGAAGAUAAGGCUCAUCACUGCUCCCAGUGCGGAAAGAGUUUUACCCUGUUAGGGAGCCUGAAAAGACACGAGAGAAUACACUCUGGAGAAAAGCCUCACCACUGCUCUCAGUGUGGAAAGAGUUUCAGCUGGUUAACAAGCCUGAAAAUACAUGAGAGAACACAUACAGGGGAGAAGCCUUUCCACUGCUCUCAGUGUGGGAAAAGAUUUUCCCAGUUAGGGGAUCUAAAAGAACAUAAGAGAACGCACACUGGAGAAAAGCCUUACCACUGUUCCCAGUGUGGGAAGAGAUUCACCCGGUCAGGAAACCUGAAAAAUCAUGAGCUAACACACUCUGUAUAUAAGCCUUAUCACUGCUCCCAGUGUGAAAAAACAUUUUUUUCAUCAAAUGCCCUGAAACAACAUGAGUUAACACAUGCUGAAGAGAAACCUUUCCACUGUUCCCAGUGUGGAAAGAGAUUUUUCUUAUCAGGGCACCUGAAAAGACAUGAGCUAAUACACUCUGCGGAGAAGCCUUUCCACUGUUCUUAUUGUGAAAAGAGUUUUAAGAGUUUAUGGAACAUGAAAGUGCAUCAAAAAACACACACAAAGGAGAAGCCUUCCACUGCUCCGACUGUGGGAUGAAAUGUACACGGUUUCAUCAAUUCAAAGAGCAUGAACAUAAGAGAACGCACACUGGAGAAAAGCCUUACCACUGCUCCCAUGAAAGAAUCAACAGCGGAGAGAAGUUAUUAGUGGUCCCAGUGUGGGAAGGGAUCUAGAACAACACAUGGGAUUAGAGCCAUUUGUGAAAGAAAAUCUAUUGAAGAUAGUUUGGUUUAUUUAUUGUGUAUAAAAAUGUUGUGAAAGGUAUUAUUCACGUGGAAUAUCCCUUUACCAUGUUCUAGAAUCCUAGAAUCGUAGUUAAAGGGUUACAUCUAAGAUGACGUGAGGGAACAUUUAUUUGAACAGUUUUUUUUGGGGGGGGGGUAUCUGUACUUUACUUUUUUUUUAAACUUAUUUGACUACAUUCCUAAAGAAAAUAAUGUACUUUUUUUACUCCGUACAUUUUCCCUGACACCCAAGAGUACUCAUUACAUUUUGAAUGCUUAACAGGAAAAUCGUCCAAUUCACACACUUAUCAAGAGAACAUCCCUACUGCGUCUGACGUGGCGGACUCACUAAACACAAACGCUUCAUUGGUAACUGAGUCAGGGGCUCCAACCCUCAGACAGAUCUGUGAAUUACAAAAGAAUAAGAACAUUGUGCUGUCUGGUUUGCCUAGUAGAAGGAAUUUGAAAUGAUUUAUACUUUUUACUUUUAAAAUCAAAUGCUUUUAGACUUUCACUUUUAGUUGUCAUUUUCUGUUGAGGCUUCUUUACUUUUACUCUAUUUUACUGGGUGACUUUAGUUGAGUCAUUUUCUGUCAAGGCUUCUUUACUUUUACUCUAUUUUACUGGGUGACUUUAGUUGAGGCAUCUUUACUUUUACUCUU